CACUCGCUUUCUCUGCCACCAUCAUGUCCUGAGAAAUACUCUCGUAGAAAGUCUCUACUGGAAGAUGGGGCUGUCAGUGUGCUGUUUCGCUAUCGCUCGAUAAGCCUAGCGCUGCCACCUCUCACCGCUGAAAGGCCGCCGCCAAAGCCACAAGUCCAGACGAAUCUAUCCGGCGAGCACGUUCGCUGCUCAUUGUGUACAACGACGUCAGGACACGAUCGCCUGCGGAAGGCACUGCAUGGCUACUCCCCAUGCACACAGCCCCGAACUCCGCAUCACCAGGAGGGCGAGUGAAUAUCGCCGUUCCCUAAGCGCGGGACUUAACAGCAUGGCCCUACGCCAUAACAUUUGAUCAUCUGUGUCGGUUGCGCACUAUAAAUCCCGGGAAAAUUGCUCGAGACCUGGCUCCCUCUUGUCCACUCUCUCCCUCGACAUCAUGGUUUCCCCCGCUGCUCUCGAGAAAGGCGAUAUAAACCUUGAGCGCGUCGCCGUGAAGGCACAUGGUCUCCAGCUUCUCGCUCUCGCCUUCUCCACGCUAGGGAUCAUAUACUCGGACAUUGGCACGUCUCCCCUAUACGUCCUCAACGGGAUAUGGCCGGCGGACGAGCCAGUACCGUCGAAAGAAGAUGUUAUAGGCGGCAUCUCAGCCAUCAUCUGGUCGCUCACCUUGAUCCCGCUGCUCAAAUACGUCUUUGUCUCCCUCUACUUCGGUACUCAUGAAGGAGAGGGCGGUACUUUCGCUCUUUACCAGGGCAUCUACCCUCCCGAGGACAGGGAUUACGACAAGGAUCGGGCGCUCACCGGCGACAGCAUCCGUGUUCCUUCGUCGAACAAAAGCGCUACCAGACGCUUCUUUCGAUGGCCCCUCCUCAUCUGGUGUUUGUGCGGAACGGCGCUUACCAUGGCAGACGGCGUGUUCACCCCAGCCGUAUCGGUCACUAGUGCCGUUGGAGGUAUCGCCGUCGCGAAGGAGUCGGUGACAAAGGAUAUCACUGGGAUUUCUAUCGCCUUCCUCGUACCCAUCUUCCUGGUCCAGCGCUUCGGCACGGCGAAGAUCUCCAUGUUAUUCAGUCCUAUCGCACUCAUCUGGUUUUUGAUCAUAGCCGGCGUCGGGAUCUACAACAUCACCACCUUCCCAGGUAUCUUCCGCGCCUUCGACCCCUCGCGGGCUGUGAUGCUCUUCGUCCGCACCGGCCGGUAUGACUACCUCUCGGGUAUCCUUCUCGCGUUCACGGGCGCGGAGGCCAUUUUCGCCAACCUUGGUCAGUUCAAUAGAACAUCGAUUCGGAUGUCGUUCUGCUUCGUGGUGUACCCGGCCUUGAUCCUCGCGUAUCUCGGUCAGGGCGCUCGUCUCGUCGUCGAUGGAGCCGACGUGCUCGACAACGUCUUCUACCGGACCAUACCUGGAGAGCAUAAUGGCCCACUUUUUUGGGUUGUCUUCGUCUUCGCCAUUCUGGCCACGCUCAUUGCGUCGCAAGCCAUGAUCACCGCCACUUUCAGUCUCUUUCAGCAGGUCAUCAACAUGAAGAGCUUCCCCUCUCUUCGUCUUACGUAUACCUCGGAGGCCAUACAGGGUCAGGUCUACGUUCCUGCGGUGAAUUGGGCGCUCUUCAUUGCCGUCCUCGCGGUUGUCGGUGGCUUUGAAGAUCUGUCCAAUCUGACAAAUGCUUACGGCUUCGCCGUCUCCACUGUCAGCCUCUCGACCACCCUGCUCCUCAGCGUGCAGAUCUACGUUGUCAAGCGCCGACCCUUGGUCAUCGCCCUCGCCUUCUUUGCGCUCUUUGGCUUCGUGGACGCGCUCUUCUGGGGUGCUGCGGUGAAGAAGGUGCCUCACGGCGCGUGGGUACCGCUCAUGAUAGGUGGCAUCCUCGCAAGUAUCAUGGUCCUCUGGACGUGGGCGAAGGGUCUCGAGGACUCGUUCGACUCCAAAAACCGCGUCAACCUCCGCCAUUUCAUCUUCCAAGGCGACGACUCCGACCACGCCCUUUCCGACGCGGACUCCGAAGACGGUGUCGUCCGCGUGCCAGGCUCGCAGGAAGUGUAUACCCCGGCGCCGCUCUACUACCUCACUGGCAUGGCUUCGGCCUUGACUCCGGCGAAGAAGCUGGGUGGAGCCUUGGGUCGCAGAUCCGGCGACGGUCUUGCGGAGGAGGUCGACGAAAGGGCGGACAGCAAGUCUACGGAGAAGAACCGCCUCAGCAGGAUCCCUACGUGCGGCGUGUUCCACAAAUUCACGACCGGGGGUGGCGUGCCCCAUACAUUCGUCGGCUUCAUUCGUCAAUACCCAGCGCUACCAAGCGUGGUUAUAUUCCUCUCCGUCUGUGUCGUCCCGACCGCCCGCGUCGACCCCGCCAUGCGCUACGUCGUUCAAAAGACGCGUACUCUCGACGGAUUCUACAGCGCUACAUACUAUCUCGGAUUCAGGGAAACGUUCGAUGUCAAGGUCGACGAAAUCAUUGACCGUAUAUGCGCUAUCGAGAUGACUUCGGCUCCAAGAGAGCAGGCCGCCGCUACCAUCGAUGACAUCCGCCGCGCUGCGAGGACGUCGACGCAUAUAAUACCGCAUUACCACGUCAUGAGCAAACCAAUCCUCAGUGGCCGUCUGGCAUCUGCGGUCAACUGGGGCCGGGCGGUGCUCGUCGAGGAGAUAUACCGCCGCAUGAAAACGAUGUUCCCUGAGACGGCCGCCUGGUUGACCCCGGCUGACGAGAUAAUACAUGUCGGAGUGAACGCUGCAAUCUGAUCCUUCUUCCUUCCCCCUAAAGACUUUCGUCUUAUCAUCUGUAUCCUGCGGUCCUACCGAUAUAGAAAUCACUGUGGAUGAGCCCAUCC